AUGAUCCAUGGCACGAAGCCUCCAGUGAUGAUCCAUGGCACGAAGCCUCCAGUGAUGAUCCAUGGCACGAACCCUCCAGUGAUGAUCCAUGGCACGAAGCCUCCAGUGAUGAUCCAUGGCACGAAGCCUCCAGUGAUGAUCCAUGGCACGAAGCCUCCAGUGAUGAUCCAUGGCACGAAGCCUCCAGUGAUGAUCCAUGGCACGAAGCCUCCAGUGAUGAUCCAUGGCACAAAGCCUCCAGUGAUGAUCCAUGGCACGAAGCCUCCAGUGACGGUCCAUGGCCCGGAGCCUCCUGCGACGGUCUGCCGUCCAGCGUCUCCGGCGACGGUCUGCAGUCCAGUGUGUCCGGCGACGGUCGGCAGUCCAGAGUGUCCGGCGACGGUCUGCAGUCCAGAGUGUCCGGCGACGGUCUGCAGUCCAGAGUGUCGGGCGACAGUCGGCAGUCCAGAGUGUCCGGCGAUAGGUCGGCAGUCCAGAGUGUCCGGCGAUAGGUCUGCAGUCCAGAGUGUCCGGCGACGGUCUGCAGUCCAGAGUGUCCGGCGACAGUCGGCAGUCCAGAGUGUCCGGCGAUAGGUCGGCAGUCCAGAGUGUCCGGCGACGGUCGGCAGUCCAGAGUGUCCGGCGACGAUCCACGGUCCGGUUCCUCCGGCGACGAUCCACAGUCCGGUUCCUCCGGCGACGAUCUACGGUCCGGAGUGUCUGGCGACAAUCCAUGGUCCGGUUCCUCCGGCGACGAUCCAAGGUCCGGAGCUUCCGGUGACGAUCCCCGUACCAGAGUCUCCACCGAAGAUGGCGGAUCCGCGAGCGGAGCGGGGUCUACGUCCCGCACCGGAGCCGCCACCGAGGCUAGAUUCCCACCCGGACCCUCCCCUAAUGAGUCAGGUUUUGCGGCCGGAGUCCACACCUUUGGGGGGGGGGGGUACUGUCACGCCCUGACCUUAAAGAUCCCUUUUAUUCUCUAUUUGGUUAGGUCAGGGUGUGAUUUGGGUGGGCAUUCUAGUUUUUCUAUUUCUUUGUUGGCCGGGUAUGGUUCCCAAUCAGGGGCAGCUGUCUAUCGUUGUCUCUGAUUGGGGAUCAUACUUAGGCAGCCUUUUUUCCACCUUAGUUUGUGGGAUCUUGGUUUUGUGUAGUGGCUUUGUAGCCUGCAGUACUUUACAUUCGUGUGUAUUAUUGUUGUUUGGUCUGUGUUCAUUUAUUGAAUUAAAAUGUUCGCCUACCACGCUGUACCUUGGUCCGAGCCAUCAAUCCACAAGCGUGACAAUAUGUUAGUUGUUGUUUUUUGUCAAUUUCAAUUCAUCCCAGAAUAAUUUCUUAGUCUGGCUGUGUGUUUGAAUGGGUAAAAUUCAUUGAAUGUCAAUUUGCCCGAUGGUUUGGAUAUCCGUUCAUCAUGAUCCAUUACACCUCAUAGCGCAACAUGCUUAAUACUAAUAUAGAAAUAUAAUUGUAUUUCUUAAAACAUGCAUACACCAUUGUGUGAAAGAAUCAUAAAGUAUACAAAUGUUGAAUUACCCACAAUUCUCUAAAAAAAUUAGCAUUUUUAAACCAUUGAUUGUAUGAUGCCUUUUACAUGCACUGAAACCCUAAGUGUUGUCACAACACUCUCUUAAAAACACCAAUAUUCGGGUUGAAGAACCACUUUAGGUGUUUCAGAGUACAUUCUGUCUAUUAAAACAAUUACAUUGGGUUUACAUUCAAACAUCCUCCAAACACCAGAUCUCAGUUUAGAUGCACUACUUUUCAUGGUUUCAUUACACAAUCAUGGUGUUUUGAGACUAUCUAUUUUUACAGUGUAUCUUAGCCACACACCCCUCCCCUUCUUCUUGUCUCAACAUUUUCAAUUAUACUCAAGACACUUUAUCUUCACACAUAAUUUAGAUGCAUUUCACUGACAGCCACAACUCAAACAGCCGCAACACAGGCCUAUUGCCACGCACGCAUCCCAAAUUGGCACUUCUCAAAUAGGCAAAGGCCUACGCACUUGCGAUUUGAAACAAUCCACAGCUAUAAAACAAAUUUAAAAAACGAAUGACCCUUUGUGGCUAAGUAUUUCUGGUGAAGUAUUUUGAAUUAUUUUAUUUAGACAGGAGUAACCUAUAUAAUUUUGGCAAAAUGUCAAUUUACUUUAGGGGAAGCCAGCACCUGCCAACAUUCCUUUCCAAUUCGCAAGUGGUUGAUACCAGAGAUCUGUAUAUAAUGAUGAGAUGCUCAUGUCUCCGCCCUAACAAUGGGAGUCGUUGUCCCAGAGGCGGGAAAGCAGGCGACAAGCUUAGGUCUGCAUAUUAAUGCCAUAGAAACGCUUAUUCUGGACAGAUUUUGGCGCGAGUGAGCCCUUUUGCUUCGCCUCUUCCACUCUGCUGAAAAUAUCUCACCGGAUAAAGCAUCCAAGCGAGCGAAACAGCAGCCCUCUGUCUUACUAUAUGUAACCCAUGUAUCUGACACUGUCUGGACAAAGAUAAUACGACAUGCCAUUUUUGCUUGCUCGGAUGCUUUAUCUGAGAUUGAUGCGUCUUUCUGUCGGCGUGCGUCUCGGUCAAAUAAAUGAUCCAUUUUCAAUAUUUUAUUUGGACGGGCAAGCAGGUACGAUAGGGCGGGCCAGGCCACUUAAAGCCCGCCCAUAAUGCCGACCCUGCUUUCUCCAUCUUGCUGUCUUUCUGUCUCUCUUUCACUGGUUAAUGAACAGAAAGAACAGUAAGUACUAACUAGUGUUUGCAUGCUUGGCAUUAUGUGUAUGUGUUGUGUGUCAACAUUACCAGUGUUUACUGAGAAUACGCAAACCACAUUCUUCAUUAAAUUUAGAAUAGCUCUCAGCAACUAAAUUAUGUCUUGUGCUGUGGUUCCAUUAUAUUCUACAUGGCCUGUUCACUAACAAAUCAUUUUUUCUGAAAUAACUUACCAAUAUUCGAGUGUACAUGACGAUCAUGGAAAGUCUACGUAUAGAGUGAAAUACAUUUUAAAAAAAAUGUACAUUCAUAAUAAGGGUAUAAUAAUAAAUCAACCCUUUAUAGUUCUGAUUUUGAAAACGUUGUCAUCUGUAACAAUUGCUAUUAUUUUGUAAAUAUAGCGUAUCAUUUCAAUUUAGAGGCAUAUGAAAUUGUGGUGUUCUGAAAAUGUUGUGUUUACCACUUAAUUGUCACAAUUUUCUAAAUGACUAGGCAUGGAAAUAAGCCUGGGGCUACGCAAGGGGCGUAGCUCACCUAUCAAAUGCCAGAGUGAAAAUUAUUAGCUUUUCAGUCAGACACUGGCUGCUGUUCAUAACUUAAUAACACAGAUCAAAUGUGCAGCUCACCACAUACUAAUAUACUAUCUGAAAUAAAAGUCGACUUUAUGUAGACAUUAGCCUUGUAUUGUUGUUCUAAUAAUACCUGACACUUUACACAUGAAUGGCAGUCAGUGGGGAUUUUCAGCCUGAUGGAUUUUUCACUGCGCUUCCCUCUUCUGUAUAUAAACUUUGGCCUCAUUUGGGUCACAGGGUUGUAGUGAAACCAUUUCUCCCUUUUGCUGGGAAGAUGUCGGACUCUCAAAAGCAUAUUUGGACGUCAAUGAAAUAUAGGCCCUAUAAUUAGUUUCAAAGUCAUGUGGGAAUAAAAACAAAGAAGUUGCUAUUUUGGACCAAGAGUCAAAGUGGCACUUGCGUCAGCAGUGAUUCAGUAAAGAGUGCAGCUUAUUUGUAUGUGGUUGUGGAUUUAUUUCACUGAGUACAGUAGCAUUUCAUAAGAUGUUGUUGCAGCAGCACUGUAUUUUAGCGAGGAAGCAUUUUAGUGUUAUAUUGCACCAUCGCUCUACAGUAUAUACCAAUGCCAGCUCAGAUUUAAAUAGUGCAUUAGGUUCAAAACAAGAUCGUACAGUAUGUGUAUGAAAGCUAUAAUUUCAAACUAUCAAUACAUCAUUAAGGUAGUAUUUAGGUUGAAUGUUAUUCUUCACUUUUAUACAGUGUUUUUUAUUCAUUGCUGCAUAAUCCCAGGGAAUCUGUCAGAUGAACGUCCCCUGCUGACGUGUUCUGCAGAUCCCGUGGCCACGCUGUCGAUGUGGAAUGUCAGAACCCAUUCUGAGGUGUCUAAUGACUUUUUCAAACGUGGUGUCCACGGAAUGAUAAUGAAGUGCUAGUUCUUAAUUGAAUUGUAGAAAUUUAGACAAAAUACUAUCAGACAUUAAGAGGAGCAUUGGACUGCAUCAAAAUAUCAAGUUGUCAGCUUGUAUCGCUGCUGAAUUCAUUGUGACUUUAAUGCCUCUGGGGUGAUGCUCAAUGACAGAAAUGAUGGAUUUUCCCCAGGGUGUGAUUUUAUGUCUGCCUCUGCCAAGAGAGCAAGCUUUUAUCCAAGGUAACUUAUGCAUUUGACCUGCACUCUAAAUCUCUGCCACUUUUUACAGCUGGCCAUUUAAACAGCUGUGUAUUCCUCUAGGGGUUUGAACCAGCAACCUUCAUAUUCAACCUUAAGUCAGGUCAGUGACCCCAAAAAAGCCAGAGCAGACCUAAUGCCUGUGUGUUAUUGUGAGGAGGUUUCCUUAUGUAACUACCAUCAGGGAACAUGAUCAGUGGCAUACAGGCUCAGAAUAAUAAAAUGAUUCCUCACAUUCCUCAACUUGACCUUGAGGCUCAUUUGAAGUCGAUAUACUGAAAGUGGGGGGGGCUUUCUGAUGUUUUUAAACUAGCACAGAUGUCCGCAGAUCCAUGUCAAACCAAUGGCAUCAGCUCAAAGACAAAUAUCUGAUGUAGUCAGAGGAGUUAACACACACGAUUCAUUGUGCCCCAGAAUUUUUUUUUGCACUAUAACCAAAUCACGCGUUAUAAAUUGUGAGUGAAUUGCAUUAUCAGUUUCUAAAUCAAGUGUCAACUCCCUCCAUCCAGGAUACACUGCUGUGCAAAUCAAACAAACUUCUAAAACCACUAUCUGGAAAUCGGUGAAUCUCAACCACAGUCAUCAUAAACGGCAUGUAACAUUUAUCUCCCAGUCUUCACAUCUGUAGCAUUUGAUCUGUGAAAUGUGCACCGCAAACAACGUGUUAUUACACAAUAUGCUCUCCUCUGAGUUACACUACCGUUCAAAAGUUUGGGGUCACUUAGACAUUUCCAGAAUAGAAAGAGGAGUUGGAGGACCCGGUGCACAACUGAGCAAGAGGACAAAUACAUUAGAGUGUCUAGUUUGAGAAACAGACGCCUCACAGGUCCUCAACUGGCAGCUUCAUUAAAUAGUACCCGCAAAACACCAGUCUCAACGUCAACAGUGAAGAGGCGACUCCGGGAUGCUGACCUAGGCAGAGUUGCAACUCCUCUUUCUAUUCUGGUUAGAGCAAGUUUGAGCUGUUCUGUGAAGGGAGUAGUACACAGCGUUGUAUGAGAUCUUCAGUUUCUUGGCAAUUUCUCGCAUGGAAUAGCCUUCAUUUCUCAGAACAAGAAUAGACUGAUGAGUUUCAGAAGAAAGUUAUUUGUUUCUGGCCAUUUUUAACCUGUAAUCGAACCCACAAUUGCUGAUGCUCCAGAUACUCAACUAGUUUCAAGAAGGCCAGUUGUAUUGCUUCUUUAAUCAGCACAACAGUUUCCAGCUGUGCUAACAUAAUUGCAAAAGGGUUUUCUAAUGAUCAAUUAGCCUUUUAAAAUGAUAAACUUGGAUUAGCAAACACAACGUGCCAUUGGAACACAGGACUGAUGGUUGCUGAUAAUGGGCCUCUGUACGCCUAUGUAGAUAUUCCAUAAAAAAUCUGCUGUUUCCAGCUACAAUAGCCAUUUACAACGUUAACAGUGUCUACACUGUAUUUCUGAUCAAUUUGAUGUUGUUUUAAUGGACAAAAAAUGUGCUUUCCUUUCGAAAACAAGGACAUUUCUAAGUGAACCAAACUUUUGAACGGUAGUGUACAUGCUGAAUGUCAUGAGCUUAUGGAUUGGGUUUCUAAAAAAGGCCCACAUUGAGGGCUCUAUUUGAACAAACCUAACUCAGUGGUAAAUCUAAGCGCAGACGGUAGCGCUAUAGGUUCAGGGGUGUGUCAGAAAUAUUUUUGCUAUUUUCACUAUUACAAUUAUCGGCGUACUUGUUGGCGUUGGCGCGAAAGGGCUGGGUUUUGAUGAAUAAACAAGUUGUGGGUGUUUCAUGGCGAAAUAUGUGGUUGCUUCAAGUUGUGUAUUUACGUUCUUUUGUGUUGCCUUGGAAUCAACUCCAAUUCCAAUGUUAGUCCGUUAUAGUUUGUUAAAUGGCUUACAGAAACGAAAUAACAAAAUGUAGACCUAUCUUUGAUAAAUAGUUAACUUGAACCCAGUCCACAUUGUUCUAAGUAAUUGCAUGGCUUCAAUAGCAUUCACACUGAUAUAGGGUCUAGGCCUACUGUGAAUUGCAUUAUCGCUGAGCAUGGACAUGCCAAACAUUCUCAAUAAGCAAGAUUAAGUUCAUUAUUGAUAAGGCCUAAAAAGAGAACAAAUAAUUAUAAUCAAAUUCUAAACAAAAUGAAGCAACAACUUGUUUUAAGUAAGCUAUGUCACACUUACAGGCAACAUAAUUUCUCCCCGUGGGCAUUUAAUAUAAAAAAAUACACAGACUAUGGAGGGUUUUACGCACAUCCAAACUUUUAGUAGCUGGACAAAGAUCCAAUAUAAAGAGAAAGGGAGAAUGUCCACUCACCGUUAUACUGCUCCCAAAUAGGCCUAUGUUUUAUGAACAUAAUCGGAACCAUCUUACAGAUCAGAUCACAUUCACACACCAGAAGUUGCAACCAAUUUUUACAGGUUACAGAUAACUUCUAAAUACGAGGUUCAUCGGUAUUAUGGUUCUCAUUUCUUGUUUCAAGAUGGGCAUGGACACAUAGCCUACAUCAAGGAGGGGGUUUUACGCAGGUCCUAAACGCAACUCCUCUCAAACUUGAUAUUUGAAUAAAGCUUUGGUGAUUAAGAUUUAUUUCCUAGCGGUCUCAGGAGCCAAACCCUUUAUCGACAGUCUUGACUACUUUGCGAUUGCAUUGGGCAGACAAAAAAAAGCCUUAAUUGAGAGGAGGGGAGGCUAUGCUUGGUUUUUUAUCAAAUAAAACUAAAUGGAGAAAAACAGUAUACAGGCAUCAAAAGCACAUUAGGCUACUCUUGUUCUAUGCGCAAAUGGGCAGUGUGCGUCACGGCUGGAUAGGCUGCGUUUCCGCUGUCAACAUUCAUACUACAACCAACUGCGUUACCGCGAAAACCAGCUUUUGGUUGGUUUUAAUUAUCCCCAUCAGCGCUGCCAGAAAUUAGCACAUUGGAUCAUGUUUCUAAGGACACACCUCAAAUAUUUCCACCCUGUCAAUCUGAGCGCAACGAGCUGAUAUAAGACAGGUACAGUGAGGGGAAAAAAGUAUUUGAUCCCCUACUGAUUUUGUACAUUUGCCCACUGACAAAGAAAUGAUCAGUCUAUAAUUUUAACGGUAGGUUUAUUUGAACAGUGAGAGACAGAAUAACAACAAAAAAAUCCAGACAAACGCAUGUCAAAAAUGUUAUAAAUUGAUUUGCAUUUUAAUGAGGGAAAUAAGUAUUUGACCCCCUCUCAAUCAGAAAGAUUUCUGGCUCCCAGGUGUCUUUUAUACAGGUAACGAGCUGAGAUUAGGAGCACACUCUUAAAGGGAGUGCUCCUAAUCUCAGCUUGUUACCUGUAUAAAAGACACCUGUCCACAGAAGCAAUCAAUCAAUCAGAUUCCAAACUCUCCACCAUGGCCAAGACCAAAGAGCUCUCCAAGGAUGUCAGGGACAAGAUUAUAGACCUACACAAGGCUGGAAUGGGCUACAAGACCAUCGCCAAGCAGCUUGGUGAGAAGGUGACAACAGUUGGUGCGAUUAUUCGCAAAUGGAAGAAACACAAAAUAACUGUCAAUCUCCCUCGGCCUGGGGCUCCAUGCAAGAUCUCACCUCGUGGAGUUGCAAUGAUCAUGAGAACGGUGAGGAAUCAGCCCAGAACUACACGGGAGGAUCUUGUCAAUGAUCUCAAGGCAGCUGGGACCAUAGUCACCAAGAAAACAAUUGGUAACACACUACGCCGUGAAGGACUGAAAUCCUGCAGCGCCCGCAAGGUCCCCCUGCUCAAGAAAGCACAUAUACAGGGCCGUCUGAAGUUUGCCAAUGAACAUCUGAAUGAUUCAGAGGAGAACUGGGUGAAAGUGUUGUGGUCAGAUGAGACCAAAAUCGAGCUCUUUGGCAUCAACUCAACUCGCCGUGUUUGGAGGAGGAGGAAUGCUGCCUAUGACCCCAAGAACACCAUCCCCACCGUCAAACAUGGAGGUGGAAACAUUAUGCUUUGGGGGUGUUUUUCUGCUAAGGGGACAGGACAACUUCACCGCAUCAAAGGGACGAUGGACGGGGCCAUGUACCGUCAAAUCUUGGCUGAGAACCUCCUUCCCUCAGCCAGGGCAUUGAAAAUGGGUUGUGGAUGAGUAUUCCAGCAUGACAAUGACCCAAAACACACGGCCAAGGCAAGAAAGGAGUGGCUCAAGACCUUAAUCCCAUAGAAAAUCUGUGGAGGGAGCUGAAGGUUCGAGUUGCCAAACGUCAGGCUCGAAACCUUAAUGACUUGGAGAAGAUCUGCAAAGAGGAGUGGGACAAAAUCCCUCCUGAGAUGUGUGCAAACUGGUGGCCAACUACAAGAAACGUCUGACCUCUGUGAUUGCCAACAAGGGUUUUGCCACCAAGUACUAAGUCAUGUUUUGCAGAGGGGUCAAAUACUUAUUUCCCUCAUUAAAAUGCAAAUCAAUUUAUAACAUAUUUGACAUGCGUUUAUCUGGAUUUUUUUGUUGCUAUUCUGUCUCUCACUGUUCAAAUAAACCUACCAUUAAAAUUAUAGACUGAUCAUGUCUUUGUCAGUGGGCAAACGUACAAAAUCUGCAGGGGAUCAAAUACUUUUUUCCCUCACUGUAAAUGGCCGAACCUGGCGUUAGGGCUGGAAAAUGCGCCAGUUUUUACAUGAUGAAAUUGCAAACUAAUGUGCGUUUGACACUAGUGCCACCUUAACGCCAGCUGAAAAAAAGAGCCCUGAGAGUAUUAUUUAGGCACUUUUUCCUACAUAGGCCUGUUUUAGAUAUAUAAUCUCUUGUUUAAACUGAUGUCACAUGGUGAAAAACAAAUCUCAAUGAGGUAGAGCUCAGGUCAGCUUGUUUGUAUUAACAUUCAUGAGUCAUCCAUUACGCAAAGGAUUGGACUUCAGGGUAUUGUAAGACUUCAACUUUAUAGAGGGAGAGAAAGAAAGAAAAGAAAAAGAAAAUACAGUGCACUGUCCUGUAUUACAGUCAGGCCAAGUAUUGUGAAAACUUGCAGUUGCCAAGCUGAUUACAGAACAUGGUGUCAUUUUCCUUGCCUUUUUUCCUGCCUGUUUUGGAAAGAAUGUGAAGUGAAAGGUCAUUGAGUCACUAUAGCAUUCACCAACUGUAAUUACUUCCUCCUCGAUUUCAUUGGGCUUUGUUUUUGUAACAUUUUCUUUCUUCAAACCAUGAUGAGAAUUUGAUCCGGCAAAAGAUUAUUCCCCUGGCUGCCUCUAACCUUGGACGUGAUUUAAUUGUCAUUGCACACGGAAUGUCGCUCUGAACUACUUGACUUAACCUGGCUCAAAUCGAGUGCCUCGUCUCUCCUUUUAGUUUAUCAUUGUUAUUGUUACUGAGGAAGGCAGUCUGCCAAGAUGUUACAGUACAGUUGGUGGUUGACAUAAAAUGUGGCCGUAGAAAGACUUUGGAGGUUUUCAAAUACUUUGUGUACUGUGGAAUUAUCUGCCUACCUCUAACAAAGGAGUCCAAUCAGACAGGUUUAUGUGUUUUAUAACUGACAAUGUUAAAGAUCUCAAAUCAGCGAGUUACAAGGAAACUAAGAAUGGAAAUAAUGAUUAGAUCAGUGUAUGUGUUGUGCAACAACAUUACCUAAUGUUCUCAUGGAUUUAACUUUAGAGGAUUGGAAUUGUUAUUCAGAUGUUUACAUAGUUUUUAUGCUACACUCCUGUGACCUAGAAAAUAAAUGUUUAUUUGCUAAAUGCUUAUUACACAAAUAAUCCAGAAGAAUUAGCUUGCUUAUCUUCCUUCCCUAGGCCCUGUGUGUGGUUGUGUCUUCCAUUCCCCAGAAACAUUGUCACUAGGAUACUAACCAGCAUGUGUUUUGUCCCCAUACUCUCAGCCCCUAACCUGAAGGGUCGGCCACGGAAGAAGAAACUGUCAGUGUCCCAGCGAAGGGACUCCCAGGGCCACAGUCAGGGGCCUCAGGGACCCCAAGAACCCAGCACCCCAGAGAACAAGUCUCCCACCAAGGUACACCACUCACGUAACAUUUUAUUUAAUAGCGGACAUGCAUAAAGAUGGUGGCCCCCACGUACUUACCACAAAUACCUAUUUUGCUAAGUUCGUAUUGUAUCUGCAUUAGCACAGUAAACUUGAUCCCAAUUCUAGUUCCAAGACGGCAAAAAAAAGAAAAGUAGAUUAUGCUGAUUUAUUUGCACAUUAAACCAUCUCACAAGCCGUAGUUUAAAACAAUGACAUCAUAUCUGAAUUCCUCCAUCUUUGUGUGCCUUCGCCUUUCACUUCACUUUAUUUCACUUUGGUUUAAUAAAACAUUUAAAGGUCGCAAUUUAUAUGGGGUGAUAUGAUAAUCCUUUUGACAGAAUCAUGCAUUCAUUAAAUAGCCCCCACUUCACGUUGAGUGUUAAAUCUUUCAACUCCCACUCUUAUAUUUCCUACAGGUAAAACCUAACUGCAAGGUAACAGUUCCCACCAGCAAGGGCACAACGGCCAAACCCAGGAUCUGUAAAAAGGCAUCUGUGGAGGAGAAGGUGGAGAGGGAGGAGAAGCAGGAGAAGGAGGAGAAAGAAGAGGAUGAGGAAUCAUCAAAGGAAAGUGGUGCAGACGAGCAGGCCUUCCUAGUAGCCCUAUACAAGUACAUGAAAGAGAGGGACACACCUAUCGAUAGGAUCCCCUUCCUGGGGUUUAAGCAGAGUGAGUGAAAUAUCUUUCUUUUAUAUUCAUAUAAGCUUCGAAUAUAGGAUAUACAGUGCCUUGCAAAAGUAUUCAUCCCCCUUGGCGUUUUUCCUAUUUUGUUGCAUUACAACCUGUAAUUUAAAUGGAUUUUUUAUUUGGAUUUCAUGUAAUGGACAUACACAAAAUAGUCAAAAUUGGUGAAGUGAAAUGAAACAAAUAACUUGUUAAAAAAAUUCUACUAAAUAAAUAAAGGAACAGUGGUGCUUGAAUAUGUAUUCACCCCCUUUGCUAUGAAGCCCCUAAAUAAGAUCUGGUGCAACCAAUUACUUCAGAAGUCACAUAAUUAGUUAGAUUGCACACAGGUGGACUUUAUUUAAGUGUCACAUGAUCUGUCACAUGAUCUCAGUAUAUAUACACCUGUUCUGAAAGGCCCCAAAGGGGGGGGGUGAAUAGUUAUGCAUGCUCAAGUUUUGUAUUUAUUUUUUAUUUGUUGUUUGUUUCAAAAUAAAAAAUAUUUUGCAUCUUUCAAAGUGGUAGGCAUGUUGUGUAAAUCAAAUGAUACAAACCUCCCAAAAAUCCAUUUUAAUUCCAGGUUGUAAGGCAACAAAUUCUGAAAAAUGCCAAGGGGGGUGAAUACUUUCGCAAGCCACUGUAUAAUCUUCCCACACCAGGUCCUGUCAAAAGCAUCAUAUGUGGGUCCAUAUCGCUUCUUCUUACACUGUCAGAGCGUCGCAUGUAUGGGAAACACAUCUCGCUCAGAUCAAACGCUUCUCAUGUAGGUCAUUUGUUUCACUUCACAACAAUGAGGUUUCACAUGCUAGGGAAGAUUAUGUCUUAUAUAGAGAACCAUACAAGAACCGUCAUUCAAUAUUCUUUCUCGGCACAACCAUGCGUCAUUGUGGUUAAAUUAACUCUAUACGAAAAGACGUGAGCUGUUUUACAUGUUAGUCUCUCUAUACAAAUGUAAGCUGUGGUUCACAAUUAACACCAUGUAUGUAUUUGGAAAGAGAUGUCAUCUUCACACCAAAGAUGCUGUUCUUAAGUAGGCCAAUGUGGUUGAGAUGAUAGUGACUCAGUAUGCAUGCAUACUGUAGUUACUGAGUCUACAGCAAAGCAUCGGUUGUAUCGAGGCAUAACGCCAACUGUUUUACAUGCAGUACAUGUUCUGAAUUACAAACCAAGCAAGACUCUUCUCAUUAAAGCCUCCAAUAAUGCAGUUUAUACUCGUCCUUGGCAACUUGACUGUUUAAAAAAACAUAACUACUACAAAAUAUGCUCAGACGCAAUCAGCUUUCAUUAUUCCUUUCAGUCACUGCAAUAGCCUCAAGUAUCAAAGCAAAACUUUCCUGUUAUGGAAAUUGUGUUUUUGGUAUUUGCUUUCAUGAGUGGUCUAUAAUUAAGCCAACAACUGUUUUAAAAGCACUGGAUUGUCGAACAGUAAUACACAUGUAUUCCUGUCCUCUUUCAAUGUGCCUCUUACACGCUUUGUGUGAUUGUUAACAGAAGCCAUAUAAUUACAUCUUCUUCUUUAAACCAUUGGCUCUGAAAUGCACACAGAGCUACCAAUUCCACUUCCUCUAAAGCACAAUCUAUCCCUUUUUAUUUGAAUGGCAUAUUCUACACAGUGCAAGGCUAUAGCUCCGGCUCAAAGUUUGUUAUCUGUUCCACCAGAAAGGAAGCUUCUUUGGGUCUUCUUUGCCUUCUAUUUAGCUUUAGCAGUGUGCCUGCUCGCUGCACAGGACGUAAGAUAAAUGAACUUCAGAGGAAGAAAAGCCACAUGACAAAAAUAGGUUUCAUUAUCUUCCAUUCACUUGGGUAAACAACUAUUCCCAGUGUUGGUACCACAUUCUGAAUGUGCAAUGGAAGUAUUAGGGGGAAAUGGUGCAAUGAGGGGGCUGGGAGGGUGUGUCAGUGUUGGUACAGUUUGACAUUACAUUGCACAUUUUAAAUGGCAUUGGUCGCAAAUAGGAGAAUGAGUUAGGGAAUUGGUAUGCGUGUGUUGGGCGGGGGAGGUGAUGCACAUUAUUUCAGGCUGCCUUUAGAGAGGUUAUUUUUGCCUUGUUUAUAAUUUACCUGUUUGAACGGGUCUGUUUUAGUCUACAUUGUGUUUAGUCUGUUUUGCAAUCCUUAUCUCUGUGAUAAUUGCCCUGUUGAAUAGAGUGAAUUAGAGAAAAAACAGGCAGCAAAUAAUCUAAGAAAGAAGUAUUCUCUUAUUUUCUUUCUCUUUUCUGUCCUUCCUAAUUCUGCUCGCUAUUGUGGUAAUUACAGUCUAUGCAUAACAACCCCAUUAAUAGGCCAUAGCUGCUAUCCAGUUGAAAACACAAUGCCACUCUGCAGUUCAAAUAGAACCCACUCAGCUUCCUUUGUUAUUCUGCCUGUUCAUUGACAACAGCCACGGAAGAGGAGAAAGGAAAAAUCAAUGCUGUCAAAUGCAGAGAUAGGAAAAUGUCAUUUUGAAAAAUGCAAGCCUUUGUGUACGCAAAGAUUGAAUUUUGAUGGAUUUCUCCCCAGGCGAGCCUUCCUUAUUUAUAGGUCUUCAUAUAAAAAUGAUGUUACAAUGAUGUAACAGAAAGCAGAUACAAAUGACAUUGUUUGGAAAAUCGCACAAUAAAGUGGGUUCAUUGUUUGCGGGGAAAAAACUGUCAGAGAUGGAAUGAUUUCAAGCUGAAAGGGUCUUUGUUGGAUUUUUAUCACCUGCCUAAUCACUAUGCUACACAACCCCUCUAAUCCAUGUGAUAUCAUCUGUCAUUGGAUCUUUGCAUGUAAAAUUCUAUGCAAAAUGGCAUUGGCAUUUGUGCCAACAUUGGUAACAAGUGCUAACAUGUCAAGUAAUACUUGAUGCUCAUAAUGGUGUUUAUUUAAAUCCCCUUCAGCUGAAGUGUUACAGAGCUAGCUAGGUGGCAGGCUGUAUCUACAGUACUUUAUGUAGUACAGUGCAUUCGGAAAGUUUUUUCACUUUUUCCACAUUUUGUUAUGUUACAGCCUUAUUCUAAAAUAUAUGUUUUUUUCUCAUCAAUCUACACACAAUACCCCAUAAUGACAAAGCGAAAACAGGUUUUUAUAAAUUUUUGCAAAUGUAUUACAAAUAAAUAACAGAAAUACCUUAUUCACAUAGAUAUUCAGUUCAUUUUCUAUGAGACUCGAAAUUGAGCUCAGGUGCAUCCUGUUUCCAUUAAUCAUCCUUGAGAUGUUUCUACAACUUGAUUGGAGUCCACCUGUGGUAAAUUCAAUUGAUUAGACUUGAUUUGGAAAGGCACACACCUGUCUAUAUAAGGUCCCACAGUUGACAGUCCAUGUCAGAGCAAAAACCAAGCCAUGAGGUUGAAGGAAUUGUCUGUAGAGCUCUGAGACAGGAUUGUGUUGAGGCACAGAUCUGGGAAGGGUACCAAAACAUUUCUGCAGCAUUGAAGGUCCCCAAUAACACAGUGGCCUCCAUCAUUCUUAAAUAUAAGAAGUUUGGAACCACCAAGACUCUUCCUAGAGCUGGCCGCCCGGAAAAACUGAGCAAUCGGGGGAGAAAGGACUUGGUCAGGGAGGUGACCAAGAACCCGAUGGUCACUCUGACAGAGCUCCAGAGUUCAUCUGUGGAGAUGGGAGAACACCACCAAUCAGGCCUUUAUGGUAGAGUGGCCAGACGGAAGCCACUCCUCAGUAAAAGGCACAUGAAAGCCCACUUGGAGUUUGCCAAAAGGCACCUACAGGACUCUCAGACCAUGAGAAACAAGAUUCUCUGGUCUGAUGAAACCAAGAUUGAACACUUUGGCCUGAAUGCCAAGCAUCACGUCUGGAGGAAACCAGGCACCGCUCAUCAUCUGGCCAAUACCAUCCCUACGGUGAAGCGUGGUGGCAGCAGCAUCAUGCUGUGGGGAUGUUUUUCAGCGGCAGGGACUGAGAGACUAGUCAGGAUCGAGGGAAAGAUGAAUGGAGCAAAGUACAGAGAGACCCUUGAUGAAAACCUGCUCAGGACCUCAGACUGGGGCGAAGGUUCACCUUCCAGCAGGACAACGACCCUAAGCACACGGCCAAGACAACGCAGGAGUGGCUUCGGGUCAAGUCUCUGAAUGUCCUUGAGUGGCUCAGUCAGAGCCCGGACUUGAACCCGAUCCAACAUCUCUGAAGAGACCUGAAAAUAGAUGUGCAGCGACGCUCCCCAUCCAACCUGACAGAGCUUGAGAGGAUCUGCAGAGACGAAUGGCAGAAACUCCCCAAAUACAGGUGUGCCAAGCUUGUAGAGUCAUACCCAAGAAGACUCAAGUCUGUAAUCGCUGCCAAAGGUGCUUCAACAAAGUACUGAGUAAAGGGUCUGAGUACUUAUGGAAAUGUCAUAUUUCCGUUUUGUUUUUUUAUAUACAUUAGCAAAAAUAUCUAAAAACCAGUUUGUGCUUUGUCAUUAUGGGGUAUUGUGUGUAGAUUGCUAAAGAUAAAAACGAUUUCAUAAAUUUUUGAAUAAGGCUGUAACGUAAGAAAAUGUGGAAAAAGUGAAGGUCUGAAUACUUUCCGAAUGUACUGUAUGUGACAGUAUCUUUGUAUUUGUUGAUCUGACUGAAUACCAUUGAUCUCCCUGUUUGUUGUCCCUCUAACAGUAAACCUUUGGACUAUGUUUCAAGCUGCUCAGAAACUCGGAGGAUAUGAGUUGGUAAGUGUUUGCAUAUGUCCUGCACCAUACUUCACAAUCUUGGUCAGGCCCACAUUUCGCAAAAUGAUACCGUUGUUGUAAACCCCCUCUAAGUGGAAAACACAUGUUACCCUCCCAUGUCAAGGAAAUUUGUGACGUCUGUCAUUUUCUUCCCAUGUUGAGGCGCUAAAAUAAAGCUGACUAUUAUACACAGUGAGACAGCAGAGCAGGGACCUUUCACUUGGCAGCCUACCUCACAUUUGUUCAGUACUAAUUUGGGAAGUGUUUCCAAAAUGUGUGUUUUGAUGUGAAGUGUAAAUGCAUUGUGAAUGUUGGUUAGUUCAUUAGUUACAUAUAGUCAUACAGAGAGACGAGCCGGCAAAAUAUAAACAGGAAACUAGUCAUGUAAUCGGGAUGUGUUUCCUUUUAAAGCCUUUUUAUCUGCAGAUGAUUAUCAAUAUUUCAUGCCUGCUGCUGUCUUUGUGAGCAGGAAGCCAUGUGGUUGGUUUGUGUAGUUACAGUAUGUAUCUAAUGGUAUAACUCAUCACUCUUAAGCCUUCCGCAUGCUUCGGUUCGAACGAAUGAGUGUGCUCACAUACUCCUUUAAAAGACCUUCGCUUGAAAAUGAGAAAAAAGCAGCAAUAGGUGUUUGUCCAUCUUGAGACGCCUUAGUACUUCCUCAAAAUAGUCAGAAUAAAUCUAAGAUAACUCAAGAAAUCUGUCGUUAAUUUUGACGUUUUUGCCGAGGUGCUCUUAGUCGCGCAAUUUUGCAUCUAAGUAACGUCAUUGGUUCAUUAUUUCUCAAGUGAAAAAAAUUGCAUGGAAACGAUUGGUCUCUUGUUGAAUGACAACAAGCACUUCAUUGAAGAAUCCAUAUUGUUGACCAAUCACCGACAAAGGUGUGUAGACUUUGGCUACCGACUUCGGUUUACGACUUCGGCUUGCCUCAAGUUUUUUGUGUGCAUGAACAGCCGAAAAAAAUCUUGCUGAAGACCAAAACGAACAAAAACGUCAGAAAAUGUCAUCAUAAUAUAUGCACGAACUGUUCCGGAUUGUUUCGGAUGGGAAGAAUGUGGACGUCUUUAAUGAACUCUACCACUGUACUGUACUUUUCCCUGUUUUGCCCAUGCUGUGGUAGAGACGGCGGUAGCCAGCUACAGCUGGUGGCAUGUUAUGGAGAUGGUUUUGCAUUAGAGAGUGGUGAUUAGAUUUGAUGUAUUUUAUUUCAGUGUCAUACACCAAUUGGUGCCCAGCCAAUAUGGGCUUAAAAUACACAAUUCUUUAUGGUCUCUGUGGCACACUUCAUAACUUUGUUAGUAUUAACCACUCACACUGGGAAAAUUACUAGUAUCUAUAAAGAUGUUAUCACAGCAUUAUAUACAGCAUCAUUAAAAUCACUUUCUUUCUUACUCUCUCUCUCUCAGAUCACAGUUCGCAGACAGUGGAAAAAUGUAUAUGAUGAGCUGGGUGGAAACCCAGGAAGCACAAGUGCCGCUACAUGCACACGAAGACACUACGAGAGGUGAGUUAUUAACAAAGCCCUGUCCCAUUUUCCUAAUGCAGUGGAGGAAGAGGAAUGCUACUCUCAGCCCCAGUAUCAGGUGUAUGUAAACCCUGUUUAGGGAAGUAAGGCUUCCUUCCUAUUCCUGAAAUGAUGUCCUUAGCCAUGUCCGCAGACUCUCUCACCCUGCUGCUCCAUGCAUACUAACACAGAGCACAGCUAUAUUCACCAAACCAGUCACACUUCUCUCUCUAACCAGCCUUUUCUAUUGAGAGGGUCUGAACCAAAGCAAACAGCAAACGGAUAUGAUCCUGGGGAGCCUUGAGGAUAUUAUGCAUGCACACACAUAUUUUCAAGGUUAAACAAAUGGCAAAUGCUGUGUGCUUAAUACGAGAACCUCUCUUUCAUAAAUCUUUCCUGUUACGGCUAGCCAUCUCUGAACCCCCCUCGGGCUGAUAUUUUCAUGCCUAAGCAAUGCUAUGGAACAGAUGUACGUGUCAAAGAGGGCAUGCAGAGCAAUAUUGUGCAUGCAUAUAAUGAGUAUGUGUAUAGAUCUAAGCAAUUACAAACAGUCAGGCCGAAUUGCUCAGUCAAUAUGUGUAGGUUUAUCUAUGCUCUAUGUACGAGUGCAUACAAAAUUGGAUACUUGAAUAUGGUUGAGCAGUUAGAUUAUACCAAAUAGCACUGCAGCUUAAUUAAACUUCCUGAGCAGCCAGAAGGGACUGUAUUUGCUCUGCCUUUUAAAUGCCCUUUCACAACCCUGCAUGAGUAGGAGGACUGGUAUAGACAGUGUCAGCACAGGGGGUUGGGGGGGACCAGUGAGGUGUGACUGCUGCGCUGGCCUUUCUCAAUACAGCCACAGAAAGCUGAGAAAUUGUGCUGAAUCAAUACAAACCAAUAAUAUCCCCACUGCAGUGAAUAUCACCCUGUCAGAAAGAGAGCGGGAAAUCUCAGCUGAACACAAACAGGCCAGGGGAGGAGAAUUUUAGCUGAGGCUCACUAUUCCAGCAGCUAGGAGGGCAAUUAACUUCAUUGUAUUAGCUCAGCAAACAAAGCUAUUCUCUCUCCCUUGGAAGUGUAUGAUAAAUGACCCUGUUUGUUGAUUUGGUGAAGUAUAUGUUUGGUCCCUGGUGGCGUUUUUGUUUUCCCUUAAUGAUUACUCAGCAUUGAGAACACAAUAAGUAAUUUUAAACUAGAGCAUGCAACAUUUAUCCUAACAUCUUUUGAUUUACCCCCCUAAGUUACAAGUAGUGGAAACAUUUGGUUGUAAUUGCACUAUAUUAACUGAACAUGCUGAUCUUGGUCUUUUGUUUGGGACUUUGAAUGUCCUCAAGCCCUGACUGUAAUUUGAAAUGAUCCACAUUAUCCAUUUACCUCUUUAAUGGAAGUCAUCUGAAACGGUUGCCUUGGAGACAUUAUUUUGAAUGAUAGAGAUCGAAAUAAUGACUGUAUUUAUGGUGUUGAGCAGCAGGCAGUAGAGAACACAGAAUGAACAGAACAAAAGAUAACCUGAGGUACUUGUCAUUUGGAAAGUUGCUCAUUGCAGCCAUUCUACUGUGCAUUAGCUUAAAGGGAACAAUCUAUAAUUAACGUCCAACCCAAGGUCUAAAGCUCCAGCUGGGAAAGCUUUAAUGAUAUUUAUUUAAACCGUUUCCCAAGAUUAGCUGUCAGAGCUCUGCUCCCUGAAUUAAAAAUGAGGUCAUGAAAAGAUGGCAUCAAUAACCUUGAAAUAGACUGCUGCAUUCUCUCCCUGCAUGCCGCUUCAUGCUGAUUCGUUGAUUAUACAGGUCAUGCCUUUUUGCUGCCGUUAGUUAUUUAAGCUCUCACUUUGUGUGAGCUGCUACUGCUACAGAAACAUGACAUGUAUACCAUACAUGUUGUCACUCUGAUAGUUCCUAUGUUAAUGCAGAUGUAAUGCCUGCCAUGCAUAGGAAUUUGUAUGUAAUUGCAGGGGGGAAUAUCCAUGGCAACAGUGGAGGCAAUUGAGAAUAUUUAUCUCAGAGGUUGUACAGAGUAUAACAAAGAACAAUCAAUUUCACUCAUAUUAGUUAAUAUACCAGCUAAUGUCAGUUAUUUAUCUUAUGAAUACCACAUGUACACACUAGUGUGAAUAUUUAUUUGGUUUGGAUACAGGGUUAGUUUCUAUUGGAUACAUUGCAGAUUAUAUUAUUGAUUAUUGUAUGCAUUCCUCCAGGUAUUGGUGUGCCUCUGCACUCACUCAAACUGCACCUCAAAUUGAAAAUGCAUCCCACAGUGUAUAGGCUCAUGACAAAUUGGAACAACUUGGCCAGUCGCCACCCCGUGGAUCGUGUUAGAGUAGACUAAAUCCUAAACACAGCUCUUACUCGGUGUUGCUUCUUGUUCCUCUAUGCAACACUCAAGUCUCUUUGUUACAAAUCUAACAACAUGAGUUUAAAAAAAGCACAUUGCUGUAAGAGCCUAAAAUGACUAGCUAUAGGAAAAAACUACUGGACAGAUUACAGCUGUGAUAGCAUUUAAAUGAAUGCCGUUUGAUUGCUCUCUCUCAUUCACCUGACAACAAAGAAAUAACUAACCCACAUGAAAUAUACUAGGCUUUUAAACCUGGUGUUUGCAUUUAGGGGCUUGCAAAAUGUGUCAUACUUGCAGAGUUAGACAUUUGGAAAUACUGAUAAGUCACAGUAUUAUUUAAAAAUUAUUGCCUUUGGCUUAGGAACAGUUAAUGUGAUUGUUGUUGAUAUAUAAUGAUGAACAGACUAUUUUCACUAUUAUAAAUCUGUUCCUAAUGUUGAGAUUGGAUCAAAGAACAUAAUAUAAGAGUGUCUGCUAAAUGACGUAAAUGUAAAUAAUGUUCUACACAGUGAACAACAGACAUAAUAUCUAGUAGUUAAUACAAACACUUACCAUCCAUUGCUCAACACCUGUCAUGAUUAAGGUUAGCUGUGUGCAGUUGAAUAUGGUUUAGCCUUGGGGGAAUGGUAAAGGUCAUUUUUAGAUCUGUUAUUUCCAGACUCGACAAAAGGCCCUUCACUGCCCUGUUUAACUGCGUGAAGCAGGAUCACUUGAAGUGGUUGACUUUCGACAAAAGAGAGGCUUUGAAGCCAAGUCUUUCCAAAACUGAGGGAACAAUGUCUGUUUAUCCCGCUCUGACUCGGCUCUGAAGAUUGGUAUUUGCUUUUGUACAGACAGGAGUUAUUGUUUUGCCAGUUCUUUGAAGCCGCCUAAUCAUAACAGUUGGUGAUGAAUAUGGAUUUGAUGUUAUGCUGCUUCUCUUCAAGAGGUUGUAUUAAAACUAUCCCAAAAUAGUGUUCAGUUAACGCAUUAAGUAAACCUCUGAACUAAAUAGAACGCCAGCUCAAAUUAAUUUCAGCACCAGGAAAAGUGCUGAAUGGAAUAGCUUGCAGUGGUUUUCUACUGCUUUGGUGACUUAGGCAUUUCUUGGAUUCCACAGGUCAAUCCCCUUUAACUCAGAUGACAGACCAGUUUAUUGUUGAUAAAAAUGUAUUUCCUUGUUUGGCAUGUAAGUCCAUUAUUUUAAUGGGACGGACAUGUUUAAUUGACUAUGUCACUGAAUUACAAUUGUAUUGAUUUCCAAAGAAUCUUACAACAAUACAUUAUAUUAAGAAAUGUCUUUAGUCUAAUUACAUUCCAAUAUGCAAGAGAAAUCCCUGUCUCUUUUGCCUAUUUAACUUUUCAAUGUUUUAUUAGUGGAUCGGUUACGUACUCAAAUGUACCAUGAACAUCAUAGAAAAUAGCUGCUCAUGUAAAGGCUCAAUGAUGAAUAGCCAUGAGCGGAAGUUAAGUAUUUAUUGACCUCACAAAAAUGUAAGCUCUCCUUCCCUCAUUGAGUUAUUCCCUCAUUGACUUUUCCAUGUCAUGUUGUGCUCCUUCCGCCCUCUAGUGUGCAGGAAAGUAUGUUGCAUUUGAUUUUGAUAUUUUGAAAUUGCCUGUGAUAUUCAUAACUAGAAGUGUUUCUCAGAGAGGAAUUUCCUUCUUUGAACUCCUCCAAGGAUUUAUAUAAGAAAGCCCUAUAUUUACAUAAAUGUAGCCUAUUACUGUGCAAAGAGCCUCCAUGCUGCCUUCACAUGUGGACUGAAUUCCUUUCAUGGCCUCUCGAUUGCACACUCUCCCCGGCCCCCUGCUUUCAGGAAAUUACUACUUACAUAAGUCAUAUUGUAUUAUCAUUGCUGUAUUAUGUGAUCAGGAGAAUGUUAUAUGCUCUCCCUGUACUUAUUCUCUGUCUUUUACAGAGUCACUGGGUGCUAUUUAUAAUGACUUUUCAUAGUUAACUGUUCAGCAACAGAGAAGAAGAAAAUAAUCAAGCACCCUGCCGUGCUAAAAGAACAUUGUUACUUUUUGUUAAUUUAAUAAAUAAUAAUAAAUAAAAUAAAAGACUGUCUGGAAUAUUGAGUUUAACAAUUGGUGUGAUGUAACAUGGAUUUUAAGGAGAAUGUUCCACUGAGGUGUGACAACCACACCAGUAUGGACGGUACUCCCAUCAAAGUUGCCCUGCCCUAUAUCAAAAUUGAAUUUCAUCAUGAGGGGUCUGCAUACCCACAUCCAUAUCCCCAAGGGGUGAAUUGAUCUGAUAGAACUGUGGAACUGUUCGUCUGUAGCCUAGCUCCUAAAACUCAAUGCAGGAUUAUUUCAUUCUCAUCCAUGUCUGCCGAUAGAUACUGAUUUGUAAUUGGUAUUGCUAGACGCCAAACUCAGCAUGGUAUUCAUUCUUACAGCAGAUGGUACAGUAUCUUUGCAGAUUUGAAAUGUAAGUGUAUAUGAAAUUGCUCACUAUUUUCUUUACUCUAUUUAUACAGUAAGUCACGUCGAGUUCACCACAUUAUUUCUCAAUGGUGCAGUGGUUUAUGGUGAAUACUUUUUUCACUCCAUUAACAUCUGUCUUUCUACUCUCUCUCUGUCUCUUUUCUCCUUCUCUCUCUUUCAAAUAAGUCACAUUUAAUCGUACAUUUCCUUUCUUGGCCUGGGGCCCGGUGCCAGCUGUAUGAAAUUGAGUUUUUCUGCUGCCAGCAGUUUGGUUCUGAGAAUAAGAAAAAAUAUCCCACUGAGCCGCUUGAACCAAUGCAGCCGUUUUGAUCUCAAUAUCAAAUUUCUCGGUAACAAUUAAGUACCUUACUGUGAUUGUUUUCAAAUAAAAUGGUCAAAAAGAAACAAAAAUACCUUUCUUAGCAAAGAGCAGUUUCUAAAGCAAGAAUCUUGCCAGGAGUGUCAGGGAGUGGUCUGAGUGGGGAGGGGAAAACUAAAUGUUAUUGGCAGAGAGGUUUUAAACUCUCUUUCUUAGGCCUAUUCCCACUAUGAGAUACUGUAUGAAGGAGAGUCUGAGGAGCAGGGUGGUGAAAGAUAAUUCUACUUUUCAAUUCACAUUACAUCCUUGCCUUACCUUUCGUUGUGGCUGGCAACGCGACAUUCUUGGUCCGCAUCUUAAAUUGACCGUAAAUAUCACAGUAGCGACUAGCCAGUAAGCACAAACUAUUCAACAAUAACAUAAAAGUUUAUUCUAAAACAUAUCACACUAUUGAAUAGUGCAACCAAACCAUAUUACACUCUUGAAUAAUGCAACAAUUCACAAGCAUGUACAGUGCCUUGCAAAAGUAUUCAUCUCUCUUGGCGUUUUCCCUAUUUUGUUGCAUUACAACCUGUAAUUUAAAUGGAUUUUUACUUGGAUUUCAUGUAAUGGACAUACACAAAAUAGUCCAACCUGGUGAAGUGAAAUGAAAAAAAUUCUAAAAAAUAAAUAACGGAAAAGUGGUGCGUGCAGAUGUAUUCACCCCCUUUGCUAUGAAGACCCUAAAUAAGAUCUGGUGCAACCAAUUACCUUCAGAAGUCACAUAAUUAGUUAAAUAAAGUCCACCUGUGUGCAAUCUAAGUGGCACAUGAUCUGUCACAUGAUCUCAGUGUAUAUAUACACCUGUUCCGAAAGGCCCCAGAGUCUGCAACACCACUAAGCAAGGGGCACCACCAAGCAAGUGGCACCAUGAAUACCAAGGAGCUCUCCAAACAGGUCAGGGACAAAGUUGUGGAGAAGUACAGAUCAGGGUUGGGUUGUAAAAAAAAUAUCAGAAACUUUGAACAUUCCACGGAGCACCAUUAAAUCCAUUAUUAAUAAGUGGAAAGAAUAUGGCACCACAACAAACCUGCCAAGAGAGGGCCGCCCACCAAAACUCACGGACCAGGUAAGGAGGGCAUUAAUCAGAGAGGCAACAAAGUGACCAAAGAUAACCCUGAAGGAGCUGCAAAGCUCCACAGCGGAGAUUGGAGUAUCUGUCCUGUCACGUUCGUUGAAGGACGGGUCAGACCAAGGCGCAGCGUGAAAUGCGUACAUGUUUAUUUCACCGAUAAACACACUAACAAAACCACAAAACAACGAAACGUGAAGUCCUAAGGCUAAAACACAAAACAAGCCUACUCACGGAACAAGAUCCCACAACUAACGAGUGCCAAUAGGCUGCCUAAGUAUGAACCCCAAUCAGAGACAACGAGCGACAGCUGUCUCUGAUUGGGAAUCACACCCGGCCAAACAUAGACAUACAAUCCUAGAAUGACAACAUAGAAAACACAACAUAGAACACCACACCCUGACUCAACAUACCAGAGUCCCAUAAGUCAGGGCGUGACAGUACCCCCCCCCCCCCCCACCCAAAGGAGCGGACUCCGACCGCACAAACUUUACAUAACAGGGUAGGGGCCGGACGACCACUUACUCUCCGCCUCCCUGUUGCGCCCCUGGUCUGGUCUGGACCUCGCCGCGCUGCUUCCCCUCUCCUUCCUCCCACGAAGUACCAAGCCCUGUCUGGACCCUGGUGUGGGAGACCUCGAACCUGGAAAGGGGCUGACGUCUGGGUCUGGACUGGAGCCGCUGACCGGAGCUGGACUAGGCACCGGUGGAGCGGACUGCUCUGGCUCCGGAGUAGAGCUGCUGACCGGAGCUGGAACGGGCACGGGCACGGGCCGUGCCGGACUGGACACACGCACCACUGGUCUGGUGCAAGGAGCAGGCACGGGCCGGACCGGACUAGGAACACGCACCACUGGCUUGGUGCGAGGAGCAGGAACGGCCAGGCCGGACUGGCGACACGCACCACUGGCUUGGUGCGAGGAGCAGGAACGGGCCGGGCCGGACUGGCGACACACACCACUGGCUUGGUGCGAGGAGCAGGAACGGGCCGGGCCGGACUGGCGACACGCACCACUGGCUUGGUGCGAGGAGCAGGAACAGGCCGGACUGGGAACACGCACCCCUGGCUUGGUGCGGGGAGCAGGUAUGGGUCGUACCGGGCUGGCGACACGCACCACUAGCUUGGUGCAGGUACGGGGCGUACCGGGCUGGCGACACGCACCACUGGCUUGGUGCGAGGAGCAGAAACAGGCCGGGCCGGACUGGGAACACGCACCACUGGCUUGGUGUGGGGAGCAGGAACGUGCCGGGCCGGACUGGGGACACACACCACUGGCUUAGUGCGGGGAGCAGGUACGGGUCGUACCGGGCUGGCGACAUGCACCAUUGGCUUGGUGCGGGGAGCAGGCACGGGCCGUACCGGACUGGGAACAUGCACCACUGGCUUGGUGCGGGAGCAGGAACGGGCCGGGCCGGACUGUGGAGGCGGACUGGAGGUCUGGAGCGGAGAGCUGGCACAACCCGUCCUGGCUGGAUCCCUACUUCCGCACAGUACGUGUGUGGCAUUAGCACAGGACGCACUGGGCUGUGCAUGCGCACUGGCGAUACAGUACGUAGAACCGGCGCAGGAUAUGCGGGACCGAGGAGGCGUACUGGAGACCAGGAGCGUUGAGCCGGCACACCCCAUCCUGGCUGGAUGCCCAUUUUCGCACGGCACGUGCAUGGUGCUAGCACAGGACUUACAGGACUGUGCCGGCGCACUGGCGACACAGUACGUAGCUCCGCAUAACACGGAGCCUGCCCAGUCACACGCUUCCUAGUGUGAGUACGGGGAGUUGGCUCUGCUCUGAACCUAGGCUCCGCCAACCACCCUGUGUGCCCCCCCCAAAAAAUUUAUUGGGGCUGCUUCUCGGGCUUCCUCCUCGACCGGCGCACUCCGUGUUGCCGUUGCUCCUCUCUAAACCGGGCCUCCACUGUCUCCUCCCAAGGACGGCGAUCCAUCCCAGCCUGAAUCUCCUCCCAUGUCCAGGAUCCCUUUCCGUCCAGGAUCUCCUCCCAUGUCCAGGCUGUCUGCUCCUGGGCACGCUGCUUGGUCCGUGUUUGGUGGGAUCUUCUGUCACGUUCGUUGAAGGACGGGUCAGACCAAGGCGCAGCGUGAAAUGAGUACAUGUUUAUUUCACCGAUAAACACACUAACAAAACCACAAAACAACGAAAUGUGAAGUCCUAAGGCUAAAACACAAAACAAGCCUACUCACGGAACAAGAUCCCACAACUAACGAGUACCAAUAGGCUGCCAAAGUAUGAUCCCCAAUCAGAGACAACGAGCGACAGCUGUCUCUGAUUGGGAAUCACACCUGGCCAAACAUAGACAUGCAAUCCUAGAAUGACAACAUAGAAAACACAACAUAGAACACCACACCCUGACUCAACAUACCAGAGUCCCAUAUGUCAGGGCGUGACAUGUCCAUAGAACCACUUUAAGCCGUACACUUCACAGAGCUGGGCCAUGUGGGAGACUCCCCAAACAUAUUGAAGAAGGUACUCUGGUCAGAUGAAACUAAAAUUGAGCUUUUUGGCCAUCAAGGAAAACGCUAUGUCUGAUGCAAACCCAACACCUCUCAUCACCCCGAGAACACCAUCCCCACAGUGAAACAUGGUGAUGGCAGCAUCAUGCUGUGGGGAUGUUUUUCCAUCGGCAGAGACUGGGAAACUGGUCAGAAGGAAUGAUGGAUGGCGCUAAAUACAGGGACAUUCUUGAGGGAAACCUGUUUCAGUCUUCCAGAGAUUUGAGACUGGGGCGGAGGUUCACCUUCCAGCAGGACAAUGACCCUAAGCAUACUGCAAAAGCAACACUCGAGUGGUUUAAGGGGAAACAUUUAAAUGGGGGGUGAAUAGUUAUGCACGCUCAAGUGUUCUGUUUUUUUUGUCUUAUUUCUUGUUUGUUUCACAAUCAAAAAUAUUUUGCAUCUUCAAAGUGGUAGGCAUGUUGUCUAAAUCAAAUUAUACAAACCCCCAAAAAAUCAAUUUUAGUUCCAGGUUGUAAGGCAACAAAAUAGGAAAAAUGCCAAGGGGGGUGAAUACUUUCGCAAGCCACUAUGUGCAGACAAAGGGUUUAUUUUCUCGUCUGUAGGCUACACUCAUUACAUUUUAGCUUCAAGACAAAAGCACAGAGUUGCCAACAGCAUGUCUUCAUCAAUUAAUGUUAGCCUAUCAAAAAUGAACAAUUAACCUGCUCAUACGAAUAUAAAACUACAGUAGGCCUACCUUACAACAUUACAACAAACCAGGCUUCAUUUUUAUCAAUAUCAUGCAAAUCAUCACGUGGUAAAAGGCAUAUUGUGACUGAAACCAUGGAUAUAAGUGAAUUCACCACAACAAACUGUUUUAUAUGGAAGCCCAUACCCGCCACCAAAAAAUAAAAUGCCUCAUGACUUGUCAACGUGUACAAUUAGUCUGUGCUUCAGUCUGAUCAAAUGUAGCCUACUGAUAACAACCACAGAUGCAGGUAGCCUAGAGAAGCCUAUGCUCUCUGAUCCCAUCUGGGCCUGGCCAAGGGAAACGUAACGUCAUGUUUUUAUAGCCUAAGCUCUGUAUUUAUAGCAUAAAAUAGGCCCAUUUAAUUUGUGUUCUGAGAAAAUGUGAAUGUGAUCAAAUUUGGUUUAUAUUCACACUUCUGGUGGCUAGGCUACCUAGGCCUUUUUAAUCCAAAAGAAUUUAUUGGAAUUAAAUCAAUCAACAGUGAUGACAUACUGUGUGAGUAUCUUUUUAAUUACAGAUGCAAAGGCCUAUAUGAUGCAACCCUGCAUACAGCAACCUCAGCCCAGUUAGUUUUUGUCCAAUUGCAGUUGUCUCUUUGUCUGUGUAAAGGGUUUUAAUGUAUUCAUCCUCCCUAGGGCCAGGAGUUUUCCAGGAGUUUUUUUUAAACCAUAUGACCUGAUAAGAAAAACAAUCUUGUCCCAUCAUAGCCCAUAUAAAACAUUUGUUUUUUCAGCUGAUUUAUUACUAUGUCGUACGCUACCACUAGAGUCCGGAGUUGUUUAAAUUACUACCAGAUUGGGUAAAACUCUGGGCCCUAGGAAAACAAUUUACCCUCCCACCACUCUGGAACAUGUGGUGCCACCUCUGAAAUGUCCACACAAUGUUACAAUGAAAAAACAUAUCCUAUUUGUAUGAUCUACAUUUGACAUGUUUUUGGUGGUGGGGAUGGGCUUCCAUAGUUUUAUGUGACUCAGUGCAGCCAGCAGCUACUGUGACAAUUUCCGAAUGUAACAGGCUGUUACUGCAAUUUCUGGUAAAAACUCAAUGAAACAAGUCUCAAAUAUUAGGAAAAUGUCUAUACAUUUCAGCUGUUUCAAAACCAUUGCUCUGCUAUUAUCAUUUAGACUGUAUGAGUAUUAGCUCAACGAGACAAUUCUGCUUACACUGUCAUGCUUCAAGGGGGGCAACUGUUGUGCGCUACCUCGGGCGAGUGUGGUGAUGUCACCAGGCAGGCUAAAACUCCAUCCCACUUAAACAGACUGAAAUUUCAGGCGGUCUUUUCAAACAGCUCUUACACUAAAAGGGCAUUAUCAUAAUUUUCAACAUUUCACAGUAUUAUUCCAACCUCAUAGUGUAUAUUUAAAACACAGGAAAAUCACGUUUUUGACUGCAGUGGGACUUUAAAGGCAUUUCUCUUUGAACAAGCGAACCAAUAAUGAUUCCUUGUUUGUUCUACCACAAUGUCUCUUAAAAAGGGAAUUGAGCAACUACUUAAUGUGCACAUGCCUAAGUUGUUUCCCAAUAGCAUUUGGAUUGCUAUCAUAAAAGCUGGCCUCACAAAGAAAUGGGCGAGGCUUUCCAAAAUAAUAUUGAACAUUCCAUCACUGGCUGGUACCUCUUUUCGAUAUUUGAUACUGUAAUGUUUUGUGGUGUUUAACAUGUUUUUCUCAGUAUUUUUGUCAGUCCAUAUUUUGUUUCACACAUUUGAUAAGAUCUUGGUGAUGAUAACCUUGGUGAUGAUGUUUUUUUAGUUACUCUAGCAGCUGUAGUGUGUUAACUGUUUCCCUAGUAAUGUGAUGUAAAGAUUAACACGCCCUCACUGCGGGCCUCAGCCUUGCCUCAUCUCCUGGCCCAAUGCCAGGUGUUAGUUGGCUCCCCAGCGCUCUCAGCACAUACCAGCUCUGUGUUGAAGCAUGCUCUCUAGUCUAUGCUAACUGACUCACGCCCACCACCACUGUGUACUCUGGUCAGUCAAGUUUCAAAAUGAAGGUUGAAACUUCCUUUCAGGUUUUCAGAUGUAAUUAAAGUUGUGUCUUUGUCUAUGCCACAGUUGUAGGGCUAGCAUCUCUGGUUUAUCUAGAUAUAACUUCCUAGAGCGAAUUAUCUUAUAAAUUGAUUGAACUUUGUGUUUUUUUUUCCUAGCACCACUUAUGAGAGACCGCAUGGUGGUUUGCAUGUAAACAUUCAUCUUUAAAGAUGUGUUGAUUUUUCAACAUGUUUCAUUGCAGCUACAUGGGCAGGGUGUUUAACAGCAUUCCUAAGAGGUGGUGCGUUUAUAGGCUUAACUUUGUUUCAGGUUAAGGUUAACUCGGUCUCUUCCCCUCUGACCUUUCAAGGCUCCUCCUACCCUACGAGAGGCACACCAAAGGAGAGAAGGACAAACCCCUCCCCUCAGCCAAACCCAAAAAACAGGAGCAUGGGGCCCAAGAGGGGGGUGCCAAACCCAAAGCGAAACGACCUAAAGGUGGACUAAACCAGAGACAGGUGGCCAGGAAGGAGAGGGAGAGCGAUGACACAACAAAAAGCCGGGAGCUCUCACAGGUCAGUCCUACUCAUUUUCUGUCCGUCUGUCUCACACUAUCUCAAGCUCUCACAAGCACUCUCGUUCACACACUCUUUCUUAGAAAGAUAACAUAUACCAACAUCACACAUGCAUCAUAUAUAUGUGUCGAAUAACCGUAUGGCAUAUGUUUUCCCACUAAGGUAUCUGAGGAGAAAGAGGAGAACCAGGAGCUUGCAGUGAUGAAGCAGGAUCAUCUUCCCAGAGAGGAGCCUGAAGAGGAGUUACAACACACCUUGAAGAAAGAGGAGACAUUGAGCCAGGAGGAACCAUCCCGCCUGAAUCCCUCCAACACAGACUGCCACCGAGCCACACCUGUCCUCCACAGUGACCUGUGUCCACAGCCCGAGUGGAGACAUCCCAACCAGCCACAAUCAGACAAAUUCAACCCUGAGCAAAAGAACCAAGCCAAUGGAACCCUCUCUAAGACCCCAUAUCCACACAACUGGGACAACAACAACAACAGUAAACAUGGGUAUAGCAGUCUAGCUGACCCAAGCACACCUGACACUCCAGUAGCUAAAGACACAGACUGUCACGGUUAUGGACAUGGUGGGAGGGUGGGGAAGGUGCUGCCCAUGUGUAAGCAGAGCCCACCCCCACUGCAGCUGUACUCUACAGAGCCACUCACAGACAAACAGGACUCCCCCAGUAAAAACAAAGCAAUAAAUCAGUGUCACAUGCACAUGCCAACAGCGUACUCCAAGGACAACCUGGGGGUCAUGUCCCCACUAGCCAAGAAGAAGCUCCUCUCCCAAGUCUGUGAGACAAGUCAUUACUCAUUCAGUUCCCCUCCUCUCCCUCCUCCCACUCCGUCAGCCAGCGUGGCUGAUGUGAGCGACAGUUGUGUUGAAGAGGUGGUGAAACUGAGGCAGGACUCCCUGCCGGACAGCCCAGAGAUGGCUCCCGUCUUCAGGCCUUCUGUCAUCCAGCACGCCCAAAGUGUCAAACCCCAGCAAGAGAGGAGUCCUCUGGGGGAUCUGUCUGAGCCUUUCACUUGCAGAGUGAGCCACUUCCAGCCCCGGCUCAACCCCCCCUGGCACCCCUACCUCCACAGGACUGAGCACCAGGAUGGAGUGGAGAAUGCAGGGGAGACACGGAUGCAGCAGCACCCAAGUCAGGCACCACCAGGCUAUGCAGGCGACUGCUACUCCUCCCCUCACCUACACAACCUCUACCGGCAGACAGAGAACUGUCUGAGUCAAGAGCGAAUGGCCAAUUAUCCCAACAGAGACAAACAGGGACAUUUUAUCGGGGAAUGUCAGAGCAGUGAGGGCUUUAGCUUAAACAAUCCUGAUAGAGAUGGGUUGGCUUACAGAGCUCCCCACUUCUCUGAGAGGACACAAACACAUGGGGAUAGACCAUUGGACGAGGAACCUCGAGAUUUCAGUAUUUCCAAGCCUGUCACUCAAAGGAUGUCUUUCACAAAGCCCUCUUUCUGUGGCCUCCCGUAUCCCAUGAUGCACCAGAGUUUAGACUAUCACCCCAAAGCAUGCAGAGUCCCCCCCAUGACUAUAUCUACCCCCAAACAGAACCCAGACCCCCCUCAGCCCUUCUUCAACCCUAAAAGCCACGCUGAGACUGUCAGUGCCUCCAGACCCAGUAAGAGAAGCCUGGGGGAACUAGAGAACGAGGGGGUGCCAGACCGCAAGGUGCGAGUGGUGACCCCCAUGCACCCCGCCGGCUCUGUCCGCAGGGGUGACCCACAGGGGGAGGAGCUCAAACCAGCUGAACCGGCGCACGCCGUCCACCUCCACAGCCACAUUCCCGAGGGCCACACCUACCCUCCCCACGCGCCCUUCUACCCAGGGAUGUACCCCGGGAUGCAGGACGCCCUCCAUCACAACCUCCAAUACCUGAAGAGCCAGACAGCCGUGUCCCCCCUUGUCCCUCCACUAGCCUUCCACUCCAUGAUGCUACAGAGGCAGCUGAUGGCCUCACAGCCCAGUCCCCAUCACUUCUACAGGCACCCUGGGGGGGCGGCCCUGUACGGGGACCUCCUGCACCACCUGUACCCCCUGUCCACCCUUAACCACCCACAGCUGUCCUCCAUGCACCCCAGCACCAGACUCUAA